GGGAGAGCCUCGGCCCGUGGCUGGCGCCCCUCUCCUUCCCGCGCUGCUCGUCGAGUCCCCGCGCUCGGACCACAGGCGCCUCCGUCCCGCCCUCCGUGCUUUCCUUCCUCCGCGCGUCCCUCCCUUCCUGCUGCGCCAAUGCCUGGGAUAGGGGCCGUGGGAGCUCGGUGCAGGCACCGCCCGAGGAGGCGCCCCAACAAGGCCGAGGACGGCGGCGGCGGCGGCGGAGCCCAUCCCGCCGCCUGCUCCUCCUCCGGGGAGAGCACCAUGGACGCAGCCAUCUGGAUCUACCAGUUCCGCCUGAUCGUGCUGGGCGACUCGACGGUGGGCAAGUCGUGCCUCUUGCACCGCUUCACCGAGGGCCGCUUCCCGGGGCCCAUGCACUCGGAUCCCACCGUCGGGGUGGAUUUCUUCUCCCGCCUGGUGGAGAUCGAGCCGGGCAAGAGGAUCAAGCUGCAGCUUUGGGACACGGCGGGCCAGGAGAGAUUCAGGUCAAUCACGCGUUCUUAUUACCGAAAUUCAGUAGGAGGCUUGCUGGUGUUUGACAUCACUAACCGGUCUUCUUUUGAGCAUAUGUACGAUUGGCUUCAGGAAGCUAAGAUGCAUGUGCACCCUUUCCAGAUUGUGUUUAUCCUGGUGGGACACAAAUGCGACUUGGAGACGCAACGCCAGGUUACGCGAGAGGAAGCUGAGGAACUGGCAUCCGCCUGCGGCAUGAAAUACAUAGAAACAUCAGCCAAAGACGCCACAAAUGUUGAAGAAUCCUUCACUGUUCUCACUAAAGACAUAUACGAACUUGUGAAAAAAGGAGACAUUUCGAUGCAAGAGGGGUGGGAAGGGGUGAAAAGUGGGUUUGUUCCAAAUGUUGUACAUUCCUCAGAGGAGGCUACCUCACUCGGAGAGCAGUGCCCUUGCUAAGUCGCUUGCAUGCCAAAGAAGCGUAGUAUAUCAGGUGUCUGGAGAAUAAGGCCCGGCUAUACAAAAUAUUAUAUAUGAAGAUGCAUUAGAUCAGGGUGUUAAGCAAUAUCCACUGAGUUGCUUGCAGCUCCUACAAUACUUAUGUGUGGCCUGCACGCUCCUAUAAAGAUCUGAGACUCACAGCUUUUGAUUAAAAAGCAAAGUACAUUUCUGGUAAUUAAACAUGGGAUGGCAAAGACCAUGAAAACAAAGAGGCAAGUUUAAAAAAAAAAUCUGGAUGAUUUG